AUGAUCGAGCCUACAACUCUUCCCGAAGAUGAGAAUAACGGCAACUGUCCGGGGUACCUGCUAGGCCUCUAUACUUACGUCGACCCCAUAGACCACGGAGGCGAGCCCCUUGGUUUCCGUCCUCCCACUGCCGACCUGUAUGUCUACGAAGACAAAGGAGAGUGUCAGAUGAUGAUUCUCCUGUACAGACCUCGUCAUGUAUUAGAGCCUGCCAUAACCUCACUAAAAUUGCAUGAGAACUCCUUGAUGCUGUCUGAAGGCUUCAAACCGACAUUGCUCCCCGAAGAUGCCAAGCAUAUUUCCGAUACCACCUUCACGAAGUUGGGUUAUGACUAUCCCAAGAAAGAGAUCACUAUUUACUUGGCCGGAGGGAAGCAAUGUGUUUAUCGCCGCGAUAGGUAUGCCGAUCUGUAG